AUGUUGUGUCAGGUCUGUGGCGCUCCUGAAUCAGAACCCCAUUUUGGAGGAUAUUCUUGUAGAGCUUGCGCAGCAUUCUUCCGAAGAUGUGUUCAUUCACGGAAGUCAGAAGUAAACUGCACAUGUAAGCAAAGAUUAGCGUCUUCUCAUCCGUGUAGACAUUGUAGGAUGUUGAAAUGCUUAGCGACUGGUAUGAUCAAGUGUAAAGUUCAAGCAUCCAGGGAACGAAAUAAAACCAAAGCAUUAUGUAUUCCAGCUGUCUCCAACAUUUCUUUGUUAUCAUGUAAUAUUAUACCACGAGAAUGCUCGAACAUGUCACAUACGGCGGCCAACUGGGGAGAAGUCGAUAUCAAACGGAAAAUUUUGUAUGGGAAUGAUGUUUUUCAAAUGAACUUCACCCAGUUCUCCAACGUCGCCAGAGACGAUACACUUCUUUUGUGGGACCUUGCAUCCAAAAUAUUUCCCGAUGUAAAACUGCUAAGCGGAACUGAUAAACAUUCAAUCCUUUGUAAUUUUUUCCCGAGAUGGAUGAUGUUGGAUUCAGCACUUGGAAUUUGUUCAAAUUACGAAGAAUCUUCCAAAUAUAUUUUAUCCAAAGACUACACAGAUAUGCUUUUACAUUUCUAUGGAACCUCAAUGCCUAUGGAGAAACGAUUGAAAGAUGAGGAGAUAUUGAGGAUAUGGAAACCGUACUGGGAUUUUCAUUACUACGAAACAGCAGUUCCGAUACAUUUCAAGAAGAUGGACAAGGUGGAGUAUAUGGCUAUAUUCUUGCUUCUCCUUUUUGAUGAUGGAUAUUCAAAUAUCAGCGAAGAAGGCGGAGAAUUGUGUCGAGCUCUACGUAAAGUGAUAAAAAAGGAGCUGAAAGGAUAUCAAACUGAUCAUCAUUGCUACGAAAAACGGUUCAUAGAUGUGAUGGAUGUGCUGCUAAUACUAGAGAAAGCGGAAGAAAAAAUUCAGGAAGAAGUAUUAAUUGCCGGGUUCAACAACAUAAUAUUAAAUGAAGAUUUCAAAUCAAUAUUUCAUGUUAGGAAACUGUAA